AUGAAGCUCUCGAGCACCGCCGUGCUGCUCGGUGCAUCUCUGCCCGGAGUCCUCGCGUGGGGAAGUCUGGGACACAUCGCGACGGCAUAUCUCGCCAGCCACUUCGUCGCCAACACGACUGAGAACUUCUUCCAAGACCUCCUGCGCAACGACACCGAGCACUACCUUGCCGGCGUCGCGACCUGGGCCGAUACCAUCCGGUACACGAGAUGGGGCCACUUCACGGGGCCCUUCCACUUCAUCGACGCCCACGACAGCCCGCCCGAGUACUGCGGUGUUGAUCUCGAGCGGGACUGCAAGGCACAGGGCUGCGUCGUGACGGCUCUCGCAAACUACACCGCGCGGUCCCUGGACCCCAAGCUAAACGGGUGGGAGCGCAACCAGGCCGCGAGGUUCGUCGUGCAUUUCAUCGGCGACAUCCAUCAGCCUCUCCACAAUGAAGACGUGGCUCGAGGAGGCAACGGCAUCCACGUCAAGUGGUACGGCACCGAUUUUAACCUGCACCACGUCUGGGACAGCUCCAUUGCUGAGAAGUUGAUCGGGGGUUCGCGCCGGAGGCCGUACGACAAUGCGAAGCGGUGGGCAGAUGAGCUGGCCGAGGAGAUCAAAACCGGCAAGUUUGCUGCGCAAAAGGAGGACUGGCUGAAGAGCUUAGACUUUAACAAUGUCAACGCAACCGCUUUGCAAUGGGCGAGAGAGGGUAACGCGUUCGUGUGCACCCACGAGGGGCCGCGUGCGAUCGCCGGUCAGGAGCUUGGCGGUGAGUACUUUGAGAAGGCGGCGCCGGUAAUCGAGCUCCAGGUAGCCCGCGCAGGCGUCAGAAUGGCUGCUUGGCUGGAUCUUAUUGCAGCGGCGUACCAAGACGAGGCGAGGAAGGCCGGCGUGGUUAUGGAAGAACUAUAA